UCAGCUGCAUGUUUAUGUCUGUUGGCUGUGAUGGUGGAGAUAUCAAAUCUCCAUCGAUCUCUGAUUCUCCCACCGUCUACCGUUCUCAUCCCCAACCUCUAUCCACGCGAUCAGUUGCACAACACUUCAGGAAGAACCCCACAAGAAGCAUACUCCACUGUAUAACUGUUCUGGUGUUUGAGAUGCCCUCUCCUUGUGUUACUGAUGCAGUCCUCUGUUCACCCCCCGUGGCCUGCCUGCUUCUGUACAGGCUGCGCGCCCUGCACGCGAGCUUGACCGUGUCCUGCAACGCCAUCGAUGAUGGAAAGCAUGACACUGAACCACCCUGUGCCCCCUUUCAUCUUGCCUGACAUCCUUUCUGUGGCUCCGCUUGUGCUAGUGAUAUUGAUCCAUCAUGGAAGUGAGACAUGUGCUGACUGCGGCCCAACCUGCCAGAUCUAGUUGUGAGAUCCGGGGCCCCCAAGAUGGGGAAGCUCAAUUAUCUAGCGAGACGCAUCAGCGGUCUCAAGGCCGGCCAAGCCGUGUCCAAAGACCUGAAAAAACGUUUCCCACCAGGUGCAGGUUCCAAAUCCGCCGCACGAGACCCCUUUGUCGAGAUCGACGUGAGCGGCAAGGUGUUGACCGACGAGGGCCUGGCCCAGUUCAUCGGAGAUCUGGUGGACUGCCUCGAGUUCAGGGACCAGGACCACCCCAUGGGACUGGCCAAAGUCACCGAGCUGCAUCUGUCCGGCAACCGGCUGACCGUGGACUCGCUGCCGAUGCUGGCGGAAGUGGUCGAGCGGAGUGCGGGCGAUCUGCGCGAGCUCGAUCUGUCCAACAACGACAUCCAGAUCACGACCCCCGAUGCCGUCCGGAAGUGGACUAAUUUCCUGAACUCGUUCCAGAAGUGCUUCGUGCUUCGCAAGCUGGACCUCGGUGGUAAUGCCCUCGGUCGUGCGGGCGUCGAGCACCUGGCGCGCAUUUACAUGAAAUCGGACCUGGAUUUCCUCGAGGGCGAUGCGCAUGAAGUGCUUGAGUUGGACUCUGAGGAGGAACACCCAUCGACUCCAGAAUCCGUGGCUGAGGGCGUGGCUCGAUUGAAGGUCAUGGCCGGUAAAGAGAACGAAGGCACCGCUCGGAAGAAGAAGUCCCCGUCUCUGCCCAAGCCAGAGCAGAAAAACGGUAAGUUGGGAUUCCCCUUCCCACUAUCUCAUACGCACGCCGAAUUGAAGAAAUUCGCCUGCACGCGUGGCCUUCGCUCAAUCCCAUACUUGAUCCUCACAAAUGUCUCGAUGACGAGUCAUAGUGCCAUUCAGCUGAUUCCCAUGCUCGACAUUCAGCGUGCCCCCGAGUCGCUGUUGAACUUUCUUCCGGUGCUUGGCAAAGCCACGGUGCUGCCUGAGAGUACGGCCUCAUGCAAAAGCAUCAUCUGGCGCCCUAACGACAAGCUGGCUCCUCAUGUGCUCCGCAUGAUCGAGGUAGCCGAAGCUCUUCAGCAGCUCCGAGAGUCCAAAGCCAGCGACGCUUCCAGCGAGACGAGUCAAGACAUCGAUAGUGCUACCCAGCAGAAGUUACAGAGCAAACUGCGAACCGAGUUCACUCGAGUUUGCAAACGCGUACGUCUCGAGGUUAUCAGGGCUGACGGCGUGCACAGCAGCACAAUCUGGAGCACCGCCUUGAAAAUGAUGCUUGUUUCGCGCGCUCUGCUUCUAGAAGACCGGGACCGUCCCAUAGAUUGCGAAGAAAAUGACAUCCUAGAGCGGAUGCCGAUCCCUCGACCGACCGAAGGCCGGGUAGUCUCCAUCUCGGAGGCUUCUGCAGUGAACACAACCGAUCAGCACUCCCGCUCUGCAAGUUCGGGUCCCUUCCAUCCGAGUGCCGUUAGCUUCGACCUCCAGUUUCCCAACCUGCCGUCGACAGCCCCGGGACCUCCUCCAGCACUGCGUAUCCCUUCUGGCGAUCUUUCUGAUACCAACCAGACGACCAGAAGAGCCCCUCCACCCUCUCAACCGGCGGCGACUGCCACUCGAAGACGCACCGUUCGCGACCCUGGCAAACAGGAAUGGCGCUAUGAUAUUCCUUUCAAAGUCUGGCGUCGGAUCAUCGCUGAAGCAGUCGGGGCCGAUGGGAUCCUGGAUCUCGAGCAACAAACUCGCAUCAUGCACUACGCAAGUGACUGGGAUGUCGUUGCUUAUGGUGUGCAGAUCAAGGGCACGGAGGUUCACCAGCAGCUCUGGAAAUUCCUAGAAUCCGUGGGCUGCUUCACCUACAGUCCCCUGUGAAUUGGAAACCCCUUAAAUUUGUAGAGUGAGCAAAGUGGUUUGCAUCCGCAACGAUCUGGGCCCUCCAUCAUGGAAGAUGGUGUCUAUCUAUCAGACAACAAGCAAGUUUGAUGAAGAACGAAUUCGCGGAUUUGAGAUCGGGGAUGAUUACCGGUAGGGAAAGUUCGAAGAACGCGUGUGGGUGAAUGAAUUGUAUCUGGUGUGUGCUAGAUGUAUCCUCGGAAAGUUGUUUGCUGGCCUGACAUGCUGGGUGGUGAUUUGGUGCUGACUGGAUGGGAUUCCGACCUGAGAUGUGUUUUUCCACGGCCGAUUUCGAAUGUGUCCAUAGUUCAUUUCAUUAGGCUUACAUUUACU